ACUGAAAUACAACACAAAAAGAAAGACAGAAUGGGCACCCCUGGGAAAGUUAUUAAACGUAAAGUGGCUGUGCUAUGGGAACAGAGGAAACCCUUUUCCAUUGAGGAGAUACACCAAAGGCGAAAGAAGUCAUAUCAAGGUAAUCACCUGAGAAUGUUGGCAAUGGGAAUCUGUCAAGCAGAUGACCACGUGGUAAAAGGAGCAAUACUGUCUAAGUUUUCAGUGAUUGUGGGACAUGAAGCCACUGGGGUUGUAGACAGCAUUGGAGAAGGAGUCACUACCAUGAAAACAGAUGACAAAGUCAUUCCCCAAUUUCUGCCUCAGUGUAGAGAAUGCAAUGCUUGUCGCUACCCAUCUGGCAACCUUUGUAUAAGGGCAGAUAAGUAUUUGACAUAUCAAACCAUUACUGGUCAUGGAGUCCUGGCUGAUGGCACCACUAGAUUUGCGUGCAAGGGCAAGCCAGUCUAUCACUUCUUGAGCACCAGUACACUCACUGAGUACACGGUGGUGGGUGAAAUUUCCAUUGCUAAGAUUGAUGAUGCAGCUCCUCCUGAGAAAGUCUGUUUAACUGGAUGUGGAUUUUCCACUGGAUAUGGGGCCACUAUUAAGAUUGGCAAGGUCACCCCUGGCUCAAUUUGUGUGGUCUUUGGCCUGGGAGGAGUUGGCCUUUCGGUCAUCAUGGGCUGUAAGUCAGCUGGUGCAUCCAGGAUCACUGGGGUUGACCUCAACAAACACAAAUUUCAAAGGGCCGCUGUAGGAGCCACUGUGAUCAGCCCCAAGGACUUCACCAAGCCCAUCAGUGAAGUGCUAUCAGAAGUGACAGGGGACACUAUGGGCUACAGUUUUGAAGUUAUUGGGCAUCCUGAAACUAUGAUUGAUGCCUUAGUCUGCAACAUGAACUAUGUGGUCAAGGUGGAGGUAGGGGCUCCUCCAUCAGCCAAGAUGCUCACUUGCAACCCAAUGCUGCUCUUCACUGGAUGCAUGUGGAAGGGAUGCAUUUUUGAAGGCUGGAAAAGCAGAGAUCAUGUUCCAAAACUGGUGAAUGAUUUCCUGGAAAAUAAAUUUGACCUGGACCAAUUGAUAACACAUGAUUUACGUCUUUAAAAAAUCAGUGAAGGAUUUGAACUGCUCAACUCAGGACAAAGCAUUCAAACUGUCUUGACAUUUUGA